AUGGCAGGAGGUGUGAAGAAGAAGUCAUCCACUGGUCCACCGUCUCGAGUGUGGGUGACACUUCGUACGCUAUGGCAGGAGAAACAUUUGAUAUUAUUCAAGGCGGAGUACACAAUACUGGUCGCCUCUGUUCUGUGGUUCCUGGAGAUCGGAAUAAACAUAUGGGUCAUACAAAAAGUAGCAUGUAAGUAGUUUGCUAGAAUGCUAGCGGUUUAGCUUGAGCAUGCAGCUAGCCUUAAAAUGAUACUUCGGGAUUCUGGCAACGAGGUCCUUCAUCUUGAGGCCCUUUAUCUAUUUCCCCAGAGUCAGAUGAACUAAUGGAUACCAUUUUUAUGUCUCUGUCCAGUAUGAAGGAAGGAAGAAAGGUAGUGGUAGUUUCGCGAGCCAAUGUUAACACGUGUUAGCGCAAUGAUUGGAAGCCUAUGGGUAUCUACUAGCAUGCUCAAUAUUCAACUCUUGAAACACCUUAUUAUUCGUAGGGUUUUCAGCAGUUUGCUUCGCCCACAGUUGGCUGCACUUGAACUACAAUUCCGAAGCUGUGUUUUUAACGUUUAGAAACGUCAAUAAUAAUCACUUGCGAAACUGUUUUUGAAAUCUAUGCCCCUUUCAUAUCGGCAAGAAAUUAACUUUUAAUAAAUACAAAAUACACUUACUGUAACAGUUCUGCACUGAUCCAUAAGCUGUGUGUGCCACCAGUUGCGAACUACACUUCCUCCCCAGUUACGCUUACAGACAGGUGUUCAGAGUACACUAGAUAGCUAAUUAGGACAGGUGGCGUCCAUCUGUCUUCCGUAGCUCAGUUGGUAAAGCAUGGCGCUUGCAACCCCAGGGUCGUGGGUUCGUUCCCCACGGGGGGGGCAGUAUGAAAAUGUAUGCACUCGCUAACUGUAAGUUGCUCUGAAUAAGAGUGUCUGCUAAAUGACUUAAAUGUAAAUGAGCGAUGUAACAUGGAAAUAUGGCUGUGUGGGAUCACUAACCCAAACUAUUGUGAUAUGAAAGAUGGCAAGAUUCCUUAUGUUUCCAAAACCGUACCACAAGUGAUGCAUGUUAACCUUCAGAACGAGCGUAGGGGCCAUUAACAAAGCUCCCCGACCAGAAGAUGCCUUCAUAGACGCUAAAGGUAGUGUGUAUGAAUGGGCUACCUUUCUUUUAGCCAAGGUAUAACAGCUACUAUGAAAGAAUUCACUAGGGAAACUGCAUAUACUGUCAAAAGUUAGAUUAACUAGUUACCAUUGUUGUUUUAAAAUGCCAGGUUGUGUUUCCUACUACUACAAUAAGUUACAACACAUGCUUGUGCUAGCAACAGAACUUAAACUUGCCACAACUUUUGAGAGCGCCACAUAUUUGAUCCAUACUAGGCAACAUCACUAUCUAGUGCAGGGUUCUUCAAUUCCGGUCCUGGAGGGCCGAAACACUUCUGUUUUUUAUUUCUACCAGGUAGUUAAUUGCACUCACCUGGUGUCCCAGGUCUGAAUUAGCCCCUGAUUAGAAGGAGAGGAUGAAAAACAGAGGUGUCUCGGCCCUCCAGGACCGGAAUUGAAGAACCCUGAUCUAGUGUAACUGGGGAGGAAGUGUAGCGGAAGUGUAGUUUGUCGGCUGGAGGCACACAGCCGUAUGGAACUGUGCAAACCUGCUACAGUAAGUUAAUUUUUAUUAUAAAUAAUAUUUAUUGCAGAAAUGAAAGAAGUUCCAUAUGUUUUUGAAAACCGUAUCACAAGCAAUUUUUAAUUAUUUAGGUUUCGAAAUGUUAAAACAGAGUGUCAAGAUUGUAGUUCACAUGGUACCACCGGUAAGCGGUGCUUAUAGCUGAGAACCCUUGGUAUAAGGCAGAAUGCCUUGGGUUCUCGAGAGCAAGUAGAAAGGGUCGGAAACAAUUUAACUAACCUGUUCUUGCCGAUACUUCGUUCUCGAUUCGGAAGAAAAGUGUAUCUUAUAAGUGUCUGUGUUCAGCUGCAGGUGGUUGUCCAAAAACCAGAGAAUAUUCAGAAAGAUAGUUGAUUUUACUAUCUUUCAAAAUAUACUCUGGUUUUUGGAGAACCACCUGCAACCCAACACAGACAUUUAUAAGAUGCACUUUUCUUCCGACCCGAGAAUGAUGGAAGUUGAAAAAAAUUAACAUAUCUCAGUUUUAAUGUAUAGCUGCAGUUUCUUGUUUAUUAUUAUUUUUCUUUGGUACUUGCUGCUGACCUGUUCUUACGGUCACUUGAUUCUUUAGGUACCUUCAUCCACAUCUUUGACCCCAUUUGUUGAAUGUAUAUUACAAGUUAUUGCCAAUGCCACCGGUCAUUCAUUGGUGAACGUCUUCUCCUGCAGACACAGAGAUCGACUGGAAGGCGUAUAUGGAUGAGGUAGAGGGAGUCAUCAACGGCACCUAUGACUACACCCAGCUCAAAGGAGACACAGGCCCUCUGGUGUAAGUUACACUACUCUAUACGUGGCACUCUACAAGUUAAGGAACCAGGUUCCAAUACCAGUAUUGGCAACCCCAGGGAUGUAUUCAUUUGUCGGAUUCCAUUGCAAAAACGUUUUGCAACGGAAACCAUUUACCGUUUACUCUAGGAAGCAAAGGGAAGCAAACGAAACGGGGAGGGACCUACCAGAAUUUGUCCAAUAGAAAAGCUAGUUUUCGUUGUAAAACGCUUUCCUUUUGGAGUAAACGGCAGUGGUGUUAAGUAAAAAAACUAAAGUAGUUUUUUGGGGUGUCUGUAUUUUACGUUACUAUUUAUAUUUUGGACAACUUUUACUUCACUACACUACAUUCCUAAAGACAAUAAUGUACUUUUUACUCCAUACAUUUUCCCUGACACCCAAAAGUACUCGUUACAUUUUGAAUGCUUAGCAGGACAGGAAAAUGGUCAAAUUCACACACUUAUCAAGAGAACAUCUCUGGUCAUCCCUACUGCCUCUGAUCUGGCAGGCUCACUAAACACAAAUGCUUUGUUUGUAAAUUAUGUCUGAGUGUUGGAGUGGGCCCCUGGCUAUCCGCAAAUAAAAUUUUUAAAAAAAACAAGAAAAUCGUGCCGUCUGGUUUUCUUAAUAAGUAAUUUUAAAUGAUUUUUACUUUUGAUACUUAAGUAUAUUUAAAACUAAAUACUUUGACUUUUACUCAAGUAGUAUUUUACUGGCUGACUUUCACUUUUACUUGAGCCAUCUUGACGUGAACAAGAUCACAGUCUUGAAACUGAUUUUUGAACCUACCUAUCCAGAUACCCAGCAGGGUUUGUGUACAUCUUCACAGCGUUGUAUUACAUCACCAACCACGGGGUGAAUAUCCGCCUGGCCCAGUACCUGUUUGCUGUCUUCUACCUGCUCACCCUGCUGCUCGUCUUCAGGAUAUACCACCGCACCAAGAAGGUGAGAUGCAACACGUAUUCCUUUGUAGGCUAUUUGGCAAGAUUAUGAUAUUUAUUUGGUACUUUGCUAGUUGUCAUUACCCAACAAAUAUUUAGUUUUUAUUGCAACUUGGACUUCAUCACUUUUAUAAUACUGUAAUCUGUUCCAUGAAUUUUUUUUUUUUAUUGCAAUUUUGACUCUCCUCCUCUCCAGGUUCCUCCUUAUGUGUUCUUCUUUGUGUGCUGUGCCUCCUACCGGAUCCACUCCAUCUUCGUCCUGCGUCUUUUCAACGACCCCGUGGCCAUGAUGAUGCUGUUUGGGGCCGUCAAUCUUUUCCUGGACGGCCGCUGGACUUUGGGCUGUGGGCUCUACAGGCAAGUGUAAACUCUGGUCCUGCGCAGCUUUGAUAAUUUCAGUUUAACUUGGUUCAGUGUGCGGGCCAAUAUGGGACACCUUUCAUGAUAAUAGCGCUCUAAUUUAGAUUGACAGAACUUAGUUGCUGAACUCAACAUCUAUGACUGUGGUAGCCCUUUUCACGUGGUCUGAAUGACAACUUCCUCAACCUCUUUUGUGGACAGUUUAGCAGUGUCUGUGAAGAUGAACGUGCUCCUGUUCGCCCCGGGCCUCCUCUUCUUGCUGCUGUCUGAAUUUGGCCUGAUGAGGACCAUACCCAAGCUCUCUCUCUGUGCUGCCAUCCAGGUUUGGAUCUCCUUCAUCAGCUUUAACUACAACAUUUAGAUUUUACUCAUACAGUGAGGGAAAAAAGUAUUUGAUCCUCUGCUGAUUUUGUACGUUUGCCCACUGACAAAGACAUGAUCAGUCUAUAAUUUUAAUGGUAGGUUUAUUUGAACAGUGAGAGACAGAAUAACAACAAAAAAAUCCAGAAAAAUGCAUGCCAAAAAUGUUAUAAAUUGAUUUGCAUUUUAAUGAGGGAAAUAAGUAUUUGACCCCCCUCUCAAUCAGAAAGAUUUCUGGCUCCCAGGUGUCUUUUAUACAGGUAACGAGCUGAGAUUAGGAGCACACUCUUAAAGGGAGUGCUCCUAAUCUCAGCUUGUUACCUGUAUAAAAGACACCUGUCCACAGAAGCAAUCAAUCAAUCAGAUUCCAAACUCUCCACCAUGGCCAAGACCAAAGAGCUCUCCAAGGAUGUCAGGGACAAGAUUGUAGACCUACACAAGGCUGGAAUGGGCUACAAGACCAUCGCCAAGCAGCUUGGUGAGAAGGUGACAACAGUUGGUGCGAUUAUUCGCAAAUGGAAGAAACACAAAAGAACUGUCAAUCUCCCUCGGCCUGGGGCUCCAUGCAAGAUCUCACCUCGUGGAGUUGCAAUGAUCAUGAGAACGGUGAGGAAUCAGCCCAGAACUACACGGGAGGAUCUUGUCAAUGAUCUCAAGGCAGCUGAGACCAUAGUCACCAAGAAAACAAUUGGUAACACACUACGCCGUGAAGGACUGAAAUCCUGCAGCGCCCGCAAGGUCCCCCUGCACAUAUACAGGCCCGUCUGAAGUUUGCCAAUGAACAUCUGAAUGAUUCAGAGGAGAACUGGAUGAAAGUGUUGUGGUCAGAUGAGACCAAAAUCGAGCUCUUUGGCAUCAACUCAACUCGCCGUGUUUGGAAGAGGAGGAAUGCUGCCUAUGACCCCAAGAACACCAUCCCCACCGUCAAACAUGGAGGUAGAAACAUUAUGCUUUGGGGAUGUUUUUCUGCUAAGGGGACAGGACAACUUCACCGCAUCAAAGGGACGAUGGACGGCGCCAUGUACCGUCAAAUCUUGGGUGAGAACCGUGGAUGGGUAUUCCAGCAUGACAAUGACCCAAAACACACGGCCAAGGCAACAAAGGAGUGGCUCAAGAAGAAGCACAUUAAGGUCCUGGAGUGGCCUAGCCAGUCUCCAAACCUUAAUCCCAUAGAAAAUCUGUGGAGGGAGCUGAAGGUUCGAGUUGCCAAACAUCAGGCUCGAAACCUUAAUGACUUGGAGAAGAUCUGCAAAGAGUGGGACAAAAUCCCUCCUGAGAUGUGUGCAAAUCUGGUGGCCAACUACAAGAAACGUCUGACCUCUGUGAUGGGGUUGCCACCAAGUACUAAGUCAUGUUUUGCAGAGGGGUCAAAUACUUAUUUCCCUCAUUAAAAUGCAAAUCAAUUUAUAACAUUUUUGACAUGCGUUUUUCUGGAUUUUUCUGUUGUUAUUCUGUCUCUCACUGUUCAAAUAAACCUACCAUUAAAAUUAUAGGCUGAUCAUGUCUUUGUCAGUGCGCAAACGUACAAAAUCAGCAGGGGAUCAAAUACUUUUUUCCCUCACUGUAGAUGCUUCUUGUCCCCAGAGUUCCAUCCAAUUUCCACAUUGUGUGGACAAUUAGGUUUUGCCUACUCUAGUUCCAUUCUGUGGAUUGUCCAUCUUUACUCCACCUCUCCAUAUCACAGUUGUUGCUGGGCCUACCCUUCCUGAUGGAGAAUCCAAUUGGCUAUUUGACCAUGGCCUUUGACCUGGGUCGUCAGUUCAUGUUCACGUGGACAGUAAACUGGCGCUUCCUGCCGGAGUGGCUGUUCCUGAGUCGCUACUUCCACCUGGUGCUCCUGGCCACCCACAUGCUAGCCCUGCUGCUGUUCGCCCUGCACCGCUGGAAGAGGUGAGAGAGAGGGUUUCCCAGGUGGCUACUGGGGUUAUCUCUAGGACCAGAGUUUUUCAUGGUCAGGCGCAAACUCUUGGCCCUAGUGUAGCCUAAAAUUAGAUACAGCCUAAAUUAUAUUUGUACACGAAUGCUUGAGUCUGGCUAGCUCUGCUUUUUGUUGUUAACCAGAUGUGCUUUCUGAUGAGUUAAACCAACACAUUUUCCCCUCAGGCCUGGAGAGAGCAUCAUGGAACUGCUGAAGGAGCCAGGCAAGAGAGUCAUUCUUGCACAGAAACUCACCUCCGAUCAUAUCCUUUCCUCAGUCUGUGUCUCUGGAGCCAUGACUAGAAACACAGUACCAGUGUGUAUCUUCUGACUUUUUCCAGAUUUUGUUGUUACAAAGUGGGAUUAAAAUGCAAUUGUUUGUCAAUGAUCUACACACAAUACUCUGUAAUGUCACAUUUAAAAAUGUUUUAUGGAAAAUAAAACACAAAUAUUUCUUCAUUAGAUAAGUAAUAAUAAUAAUAUGCCAUUUAGCAGACGCUUUUAUCCAAAGCGACUUACAGUCAUGUGUGCAUACAUUUUUGUGUAUGGGUGGUCCCGGGGAUCGAACCCACUACCCUGGCGUUACAAGCGCCGUGCUCUACCAGCUGAGCUACAGAGUAUUCAACCCCCUGAGUCGAUACAUGUUAGAAUCACCUUUAGCAGCGAUUACAGCUGUGAGUCUUUCUGGGUAUUAAGUCUCUAAGAGUUUUGCACACCUAGAUUGUACAAUAUUUGCCCAUUUUUAUUAUUGAAAAAAUUAUUCAAGCUUUGUCAAGUUGGUUGUUGCUAGACAGCCAUUUUCAAGUCUUGCCAUAGAUUUUCAAGCCGAUUUCAAUCAAAACUGUAAUAGGCUACUCGGGGAUAUUCAGUGUCAUCUUGGUAAGCAACUCCAGUGUAUAUUUGGCCUUGUGUCUUAGGUUAUUGUCCUGCUGAAAGGUGAAUUAAUCUCCCAGUUUCUGUUGGAAAGCAGACUGAACCAGGUUUUCCUCAAGGAUUUUGCCUGUGCUUAGCUCUAUUCCAUUUUUUUUAUCCAAAAAAAACUCCAUAGUCCUUGCCGAUGACAAGUAUAUCCAUAAUGUUAUGUAGCCACUACCAUGCUUGAAAAUAUGAAGUGGUACUCAGUGACGUGUUAUUGGAUUUGCCCCAAACAUAACGUUUUGUAUUCAGAACAAAAAGUUAAUUCCUUUGCCACAUUUUUUGCAGUAUUACUUUCGUGCCUUAUUGCAAACAGGAUGCAUGUUUUGGAAUAUUCUUAUUCUGUACAGGCUUCCUUCUUUUCACUCAGUCAUUUAGGUUAGUAUUGUGGAGUAACUACCAUGUUGUUGAUUCAUCCUCAGUUGUCUCCUAUCACAGCCAUUAAACUCUGUAACUGUUUUAAAAUCAUCAUUGGCCUCAUGGUGAUAUUCCUGAGCGGUUUCCUUCCUCUCCGGCAACUGAGUUAGGAAGGACGCCUGUAUCUUUGUAGUGACUGGGUGUAUUGAUACACCAUCCAAAGCCUAAUUAAUAACUUCCCCAUGCUCAAAGGGAUAUUCAGCAUCUGCUUUUUAUUUUAUCAGUGCUCUUCUUUGCGAGUCAUUGGAAAACCUCCCUAGUCUUUGUGGUUGAAUCUGUGCUUGAAAUUCACUGCUCGACUAAGGGACCUCACAGAUAAUUGUAUGUGUGGUGUACAGAGAUGGGGUAGUCAUUCAUAAAUCAUGUUAAACACUAUACUGUAAGUCCAUCCAACUUAUUAUGUGACUUGUUUAGUAAAUUUUUACUCCUGAACUUAUUUAGGCUUGCCAUAACAAAGGAGUUGAAUACUUAUUGACUCAAGAUGUUUCAGCUUUUUAUUAAUUUGUAAAUAAUAAAAUAAUAAUAAUCCAUUUUGACAUUAUGGGGUAGAUCAGUGACCCAAAAUCUAAACUUAAUCCAUUUUAAAUUCAGGCUGUAACACAACAAAAUGUGGAAAAGUAAAAGGGUGUGAAUACUUUCUGAUUGCACUGUAUAUUAGACCUUAACAGCCGAUCACAGAUGGUGCUGAUCCUUUUCACAUCUAACUUCAUCGGCAUGUGCUUCAGCCGCUCGCUGCACUACCAGUUUUAUGUCUGGUACUUCCACACCCUGCCCUUCCUGCUCUGGAGUGGAGGGGUCAAGAAGCUGGCUCACCUACUCCGGUAAGAGGGGGUACCUUUUGGCAACAAUGUGUAGAAAUGGGAAGUGUCUUAACCUCCAACGUAAAUCUGCACAAAUCUUAAUUCAGGCCUUUGCAGAAUUGGGACCAUUUGCACAUUUCUGUCUACUAUAAAUUCAGAGCCUAGAUGGGUCAAAAGGCCUGUUAUUGUCGCUCUUACAAUAUGUCUUAUCUGGUCUUUCUGUGGACAGGGUUUUGAUCCUAGGUCUGGUGGAGCUGUCGUGGAACACCUACCCGUCUACCAUAUACAGCUCAGCAGCCCUCCACGUGUGUCACCUCAUCAUGCUGCUGUCCUUGUGGUUUGCCCCCGCCCAUCCCCCAGCCCCCCAGGGAGAGAAGGCCAAGAGCCAGUAAGCUGAUCCCCUAGGGGACCCUCCCGUCCUUGGGGUCUGGUCGACCAUCUCCACCCUGCUCUCACCGUGUCUUGCCUAUCUCCCCCUCUCACUAUGACGCACAGGGGGUUAUUGAGGUGGGGUCUGUCUUAAACGCAUCGGUUUGUUGCUACCCACCUCUCCGUAGCUCUGCUAAUGUAUAGCGUAACAUACAGGUGGGAGAAGGGACUGAGUGAGACUGCAUGUGGGGUGGAUUACAAUGUGGCAGUCAUGUGCAGGUUGGUGGCGUGGGAGGAGGCUGAAAACAAUUAGGAUUCUCAGGUUAAAGAAUGAAAUAAUAUACAUCUAAGAGUGGGAGUCUAGUGGUGUGGAGAAACGCUGAGUGUUUUGCUGUGUCGCCUAGAACAUCUUAAGGAAGGAUCUCUUACUUACAGUAUGUUUUUUUUUAAUGUGUAAACUAUCUUUAGCCCAUGAUUAGUCUUGUUAAGUAUUAUCUGGUCUUGGUGAUUUUAAUAGAGAAUAAUGAGAAUCUCUUAGGUCCUCAUCCUGGCGAUCAGCUGUUCUGAACUUCUGUUACUGGACCAUUUGUUGUUGUAAAGAUGGUUUCUAUGUGCGUUUGUCCUUAACUCCGUACCAGGGAAUUUUUACUUUACUACUACUUAUUGACGAAGUUUUGAAUUGAACUGUCCUCUGCGAUAGAUUCUAGUCCUCUAACUCAGUUGGUAGAGAAUGGCGCUUGCAAUGCCAGGAUCAUGGGUUCGAUUCAAGGGACCACCCAUACGUAAAAAUAUUAUGCACUCUUGACUAUAAGUCGUUUUGGUUAAAAACUUCCGGUAAAUGGCAUAUAUUAUUAUAUUAAAGAUUUCUGGUUGUCCUUAACUCCAUACCAGGGAAUUUGAACUUUACUGCUACUUAUUAAAGCUUUAAAUUGAACCGUCCUCUGCGAUAAGCGUUUGGCGCCAACCACUGGGCACAAUAGGAAUGACGUUGCCUAGCAAUCACAAGGCCUAUCAUAGGCAAAUACGUAAUAUAUGUAAUUUCAUAUAAUAUGACCAUGCAGAACUAAGCUGUUGACAAUCAUGAAUAUCUGUCUAUUGUUUUUUAUUUUCUAAUAGUUUCUUUCAGAGAAUGUGGAUCAGUGUGUGCACUAGACUAAAUAGAUAAAGCCCAUUUCCCACACCCAGAUUAAGCCUACCCCUGGACAAAACACACGCUAAAGUUAUUUUAGUCCAAGAAUAGGCUUAAAUGGAUAGUUCCGCAAGAUAACAUAUUUAGGUAAUUUCGCUGAACUGUCCCUUUUUAAUCUGAGAAUGGAACUGUUCCUUUAAGUGUGAUUUUGUAUUUUUAUGAGCUGCCAUAGAUGUUUACCAUAGUUUAGUGCUCAUAUUUGUUUGCUGAUGUUUGUUUGAUUUGCGUGUGUGUUACACAUGAGGACGGAGAUGGGAGAUUGAUUGUUUUAUUCUGUUGAUAAAGAUUAAAAAUAAAAGGCAUAUCUCUAAAGAAAUUUGAAUUUAAUGUCAUUCAUUUACAAACAAGAUUUCAUAGUAAUUUCAUUCUACACUAAUGCAAGUUAUAGACAUACUACCCAGUUAAUAGGCCAUUCAGCUAAGAAAAAAUAGAGCAGUAACUAUAAAAUGUACUAAAUCAAAGUAAUGUAAGCUUUAGAUGAUCAAGGCAUUAUUGUAGUUUCAUAUGGUGUACGUCAAGGCCACUUGGGUUAGUCAAGUAGUGUUUGCAUCGUCAAGUCUCAAUUUGACCUAAUUCAAUGGCUUUAAAAUGAUCUUGGCACUGGGGAAAUAUGGAAUCGGGUUUCUUUAUGUAGACAGGGCACAGAGGCAUUAGUAUUAGCAACCAGAGGUGCAACUGAACCUAAUUAUUUAAGGUAGGAGGCAACACUGGUGACACUGUCACAUCAAAUGUUGUUGUGACAGUAGUAAGAAAUGUCACACAUUGUGGUGGUUUUAACAUGGUGACUAUGUGGUCACAUGUUGUUGGGAUUGUAGCAGAGCAUGUUGAGCUGGAUGUUCUCGUCCCAGUGGCGGAGCAGCAGAAACAGCUGUCUGGCAGCCCCCUUCAGCCCGGCCAGGUCCACCCCCUCCGGCAGCUCCUGGCCCCGUAGCCAGAAGUCCGCCUUGGCUGCCACCAGCUCCCACUCCAUGAAAAACCCUGCACAGCGGUGCUCCAGCCAGGCCAGAGCCACGGCCGUGGCCCAGCUCGAGCCCUCCAGGUCUCCCAGAGCCAGCUGGUCGCUCCCCUGGGGGUCUGGAGCUGCUGGAUCCAACAGAGAACCCUCACAGACGUCAGUCUCUGAGCCGCGCCCGCUGUCUGCCUGGGUCUGGGGGAGAGGGCCACCUGUCAUGUCAGGGGAGCCUUCCUCGGAGCUAGGGGGGUCGAGGAGGGUCAUCAGGGGCUCUCGGCCCCGGUCGGAGAAGCGUCUCCUGCGGAGUCGGGGGUCCAGGAUUGGGGG